AACAAAAAGCAUGGCUCUACACAUUAAGUUUCGUACAUUGUGUUUUAGAUACGAUGAUAUAUUGAAGGUUGAUCUAUAGUUGUUACCAACUUGUUGGGCUUGCAUUAUCUGAAAGUCGCUAGCGCUAGCUAUCUUGCUUCUUACCCAGCUGGCGUAAUGUUACGUAUUCAACAGCUGUAACCGCUGGUUGUCUAUGGAUUGUAGUUGGUGCGGCGUGUAUUUUUUGUUUGUUUUGAUACACUGUGACCAAUGGAUGUGUUGAUUUUUUUAACAUUCAUUUUUAUCGUCAUGGAUUGUUAUCGGAAAAUAAUUCUAGAAUGAUAUUGAUGGCCGCGGCAUGUUUUGGAUUUGGAACGAUUGUUUAAUUUUUGAAUUGUGCAGCUUUGUUUGCUAAAUUACCCGUAGGUAACUUAUUCUGAAGUCUGGGAGUUUCUGAUGUGCUUACUCAAUGUAUUUUUCACGAUCCACUGGAUUAAGUCAAAGCUAUAAAUGUGUAACGUUAGUUUAUUGAGUUCUGUUUAAUGUCAGUGCACUACUGAUAUUUUAUUUGAAAAAGUAGAAAUUGAUACUUGUAUUAGUAUUUAGUACACACACGAGUAAUUCUCGAACAUAAUCCUUUUUUUUCUUUUAACAUAUAUAGGCUUAAUGGUUGCAUUUCCCUCCCAGUUUGUUAUGUUGAUUUCAAGCACUUCUCUAGUGUGCUAGCAAUGUUUUGGGACUUCAGGAAUAGAUUUGCUUUCAAUUUCCUCAAGGAAACAUAGUGCCAUGCAGUUAUUUUUUAUCAUCAAGGUGAUGAGUCUCCAUGAACACGCGUCGCCGCCACGGUCCUAGAAGCAGUCAGCAGGGGGUGUACCUCGGGCCUUCUCAGACCCAGUCACAGCUGAUCCACCCGCCAGACGCGCCCCUCGUAGCAGCCCCGCCGCCCCCCACCGCUCCACCGCCAGUGGACAGCAGCAACAUGUCCUGUCGGGAUCGCACGCAGGAGUUUCUGUCAGCUUGCAAGUCUCUACAGGGAAGACAGAAUGGGAUCCAGAGCAAUAAACCAGCCCUCAACAUACUCCGACAGCGCAGCGAUUUCACGCUCAUGGCUAAGAGGAUCGGAAAAGACCUAAGCAACACGUUCGCCAAACUGGAAAAGCUCACAAUACUUGCCAAAAGAAAAUCCUUGUUUGAUGACAAGGCUGUGGAGAUCGAAGAACUAACAUACAUUAUCAAGCAGGACAUUAACAGCCUGAAUAAACAGAUAGCGCAGCUGCAGGAGCUGGUGCGCUCGCGAAGCAGUCAAAAUGGCCGCCAUGUCCAGACACAUUCCAACACCAUCGUCGUCUCCCUGCAGUCUAAACUCGCGUCCAUGUCAAACGACUUCAAAUCAGUGCUUGAAGUGAGAACAGAGAACCUGAAGCAGCAGCGCAGUCGAAGGGAGCAGUUCUCUCAGGCCCCAGCAUCCUCCUCCCCUCUACACGCCAACAACUUCAAGAGCUCCGUCUUGAUGCAGGAUGAGACGAAGAGGUCGGGCGACGUUUCCAUAGAUAUGGACUCGCGCGCCAGUCAGCAGCUGCAGCUCAUAGACGAACAGGACUCCUACAUACAGAGCCGCGCCGACACCAUGCAGAACAUCGAGUCCACCAUCGUGGAGCUGGGCUCCAUAUUCCAGCAGCUGGCACACAUGGUGAAGGAGCAGGAGGAGACUGUACAGAGGAUCGACGCAAACGUGGAGGACACGCAGCUGAACGUGGAUGCCGCCCACGGCGAGAUCCUCAAGUACUUCCAGUCUGUCUCCUCGCACCGCUGGCUGCUGGUGAAGAUCUUCCUCAUCCUCAUCGUCUUCUUCAUCGUCUUUGUGGUCUUCCUGGCCUGAGCGCAAGCGGAGGCGAAGGAAGGGGACGAGACUGAGGAGGAGGAGGAGGAGGACCAGGCUACAUUACAGUACAGAGUACAGCGGACAGGAGAUGGCUAAGAGAGGAGUGGUUUGGGAGGGAAUCGGAUGACUGAAGAACGAGUGCAUGUGUGUGUGUCUGUGUUAGCAUGUGUGUGUGCAGGUGAGCGCGUUAACAUGCGAUAGCCUUUGUGUGUGUGUGAGUGCAUUUGUGUGUGUGUGUGUGUAUGCGUGCGUUUGUGUGUGUGUGUGUGUGUGUGUGUGUGUGUGCGCGUGUGUGUGCGCAUGUGUUUGUGUGUGUGUGUGUGUGUGCGUGCGCGUGUGUGCGCGCGUGUGUUUGUGUGUGUGUGUGUGCACGUUCUGAGAGUGUGAUUGAGAACUCUGUCUCCAUAUCUCAUUCUCUCUUUUGAGAGGUGGUGAAGGUAAAUAUUGCAUAAAUUACUAUUUCUGGGACACAAGUUGCAUAAUGGCAGGUCUUAUCUGCCUGCCUGGUGACUGGUAUUCUCACUGACUUUUCGAGACCUUUGUAUGCCACCAGUUACAUGUCAGAAAAUAAUAAAAUAAGUGAGAUACAUACAUUUAAAACGUUAUUUCAUACGGUGUUGUAGUUUUAUUUGAAACACAAAUGAUUUUAAAAAUAAUGAUUACAGAAUACGAUUUCCAUUACUUGAGCUAAUUUUCCAAACUGCUUCAAAACCAGUGCUGUUUUUCCCUUUAGUGCUCUACUCAGGGGGUAUAAUAUGGAGAAUAGAUCUGUGAGUUAAUUGGCCACAUUUCUCUUUUCUGUGAGAAAUGAAACGCCCGUCCAUGCCUUUACACGGUAAGGGUGAGUCGCUUCGUUUGGCUCUAGUUAAGGAUUAAUCUUCAGCGUGUCCUCUGAUACCAUCUGGCGAUAAAGACCAGUGCUUUCCUUUGGCCGUGAUUUAAAAUGAAGGAUUUUCUUGGGGUGUAAAUACAGGUUUUUCUGAGACACAAGAGACAAUGGUUCAGCUUGAAGUGGGAAAAUUUUAUGUGUGAAGAGAGAAUUUUUUUCACUGGCUUUAUAAACGUCUUUUGUGUGCAGGAAAAUGCAACCAAAUCUCCCAGCCCAUAAUUGUUUCCUGGCAGGUCAUUUGGCUGCGUGGGCUGAAUGGCAUGGAAGAUAAAUUUGUCUGCAUACAGGAGCUUGCAUUGCAUUGUUGGCCAUUUCUGAGGAGUUGCUAUCAUUGUGAAGUGCUGCCAUCUCUUGUAGAGUUUCCCCUGUUGAUAGUGUUAUACAAUAUUAUCCAUUGCCACGUUUCUUUUACUGGAAUCCCCCUGUUGAUUUCCAAUCUCCAUUUGAUCUGAAUGGAAUGAUGAAACCCUUUUGAAACUUUGUGUUGCUAUUAUUUUUUUGCCAUUGUUCGGUUUUGUGGCAAAAUGCAAAUAUAUGUUCUGUAUUGGUUUGAGAGAGCUGAUGUGAGAAUUAAACUUCUUCACGUCCCAAUUUUUAAGCAUUGCAGUUUUGUUGGGGGUGAAAAGACCACUGAAGACCCCAGAUAUUGAUACCAUGACUGCAUGGUUACUGUAGAUUUUUAUUUAAUCUUUUUUUUUUUUCAAUUUUAUUUUAGAAACAUUCCUGCUUUGUAAAAAAAAAAAAAAAAGAGUGAGACUGGGGAGAGAAAGAAAGAGGAGGGGAGAGAGAGAGGGAGAAGGGGAACAUCUGGCACUAAUAUUUGGCAGUCAUAGCCUUAAUAAGCACUGCGGCCUGAUCGAGGUGCUCCGUUUGUAAAAGUGGUUUCUUGGUUCUGCGAUCCUAGGCGUGUGCCCAGAUGUGUUGGGAAGUGUCCACAUUAUUUAUCACUUGAUAUCAGGUCCCAGCUGUACACUCUGCCGCCUUGGUACUUCGCCCAGAGUAGUCCGGGGGCCUGCAUUGUAACAUGGGGCAUUAUGCGUGAAGUGAAUCCGCUGAUGUAUUAUUUAACAACGCCCAACAGGUCAGCGCUGAAAGGAACAAAAGUAAUGUUUUGUGCUGGGCCCUGUGUUCCUGUUUUAUCUGGGUGACUGCAGAGCUUUUAUUUGUUUUGUUUUUUUCCCCCCACAAUGCCAGAUGACCCUUUCUAUGACCUCCUUGGGUGGUGGGGGAAAGCUGAUUCUUACUCUUCAAUGGCAUGAAGCUUUUCUGUACUCUUUCUCUAUCUCUCUGUCGGUAGAUUCCCAACUGCUCUUACAGUAGCCUCCAUCUGAAAUUGAAGGAUGGGAGUGAGCGCGAGGGAGGGGACUGUCUGCACAGUUGCUCGGCAUUACUAACAGUUCUGUGCAAUGGCUGCAGCGUAAGGAAGUGCUGCUUCCCUUACAGCCUUGAUGAAGCCAGUCCUAAAGUGUUCCUCCACCUGAAGACCAUUUUAGAAAGUUACACAUGCGCACCCCUGCAUUUUAUUACAUUUUGAGACGUAUUUGACUGAAUGGAUCUUUUAAUUUUACUUGUGAUUUUUCACCCUGAAAGUAACUGUAAAUAUUAUUAGGGGAUCAACUUUGGACUUGCCUUCUCAAAUGGACUGAAAAGGGGGGUGGGAGGGGUGGGGGUACUUUAGUGGCCCCUGUAUCUUGGCUGGAGAGGAGCGUGGGGGUGCUGAAAGAGAGCAGGGGUUCCUUCCUGCGGUUUCAGUAUCCGAGCUGCCGGCUACAUCUAACGUUAAACCGCAAAACAAGUGUAAAUAUAGAUAAAAUCGUGAAAUGUUUAAAAUUGUAUAUGUCAUCAUUUAUUUUUCUUUUUUUCUCUCCUGGGGUUUUAUUUGCCAAAACGGGACUAGUGAGGGACAGUGAAAGCCAAGAAAGGGAGAGCGAGAGACUGGCCUUUUGAGGCUUAAUAUCCUCAUUUUCUAAAGAGCAGCACAUUUUCUGAAAGCACUUGGUAGAUUUCCAAACCUCUUUAGUUGUUUACGGUCAUCUUCACACUUUCCCUCCAUUUUCUUGACAUGGAUUCCUCGCUGCUUGUUCUCCAUCUUGCCAUACUUUUCUGUCAAACACUAAUAUUUUUAUUUUGUUUAUAUUCUCUCUCUCUCUCUCUCUCUGCACAACGGUCUCUUCCUCUCCCUCUUUCUAGAACUAAUGUGAAUAAGAGAAUGGCGUAAACCUACAGAACAGUGUCUGUAAUGACACUUUUUUAUUUUAGCUCUCCUGUUUCUGACUUUUUAGCCCAAUGCUUCUAUUGUAUAAAUUGCAAAUAAUGUAUUGAGAAGUGAAUAUUAAAAAGCAAACUCAAAACGCAA